AUGUGUUCUUUCUUUCACAAGAGAGUGGAGCUACUUUAUCUUGAACAUUGCUCAUUUAUGACAAUAGGUGGCCUAGAAUCAGUACUUCUUUCAUGUAAGGGUCUUCAAAGACUAGUGGUUGUCUCGUGUAGUAAGAUAAAAGACAACGAAGUAACUCCCCAACUUGCUUCCCUCUUCUCUGUGCUGAAAGAGCUCAAGUGGAGACCCGUUAGGAGAUAUUUGCUGUCCGCAGAUCUUGAGAGCAUCGGAAUGUGGGGAAAAGGCGGUAAAGUUUUCACCAUUUUAAAGGGUUGA